AUGUCUGUAGUUUUUCUUUAUCCAACUCUCUGGAAACUAUCUUACACCACUGUUGGUCUCUUUUCCCAAUAUCUCUCUCUCUCUGUACCUUUUCUCUUUUUCCAAUAUCUCUCUCUCUCUCUCUCUGUACCUUUUCUCUUUUCCCAAUAUCUCUCUCUCUCUCUCUACCUUUUCUCUCUCCCAAUAUCUCUCUCUCUCUCUGUACCUUUUCUCUUUUCCCAAUAUCUCUCUCUCUCUCUGUACCUUUUCUCUUUUCCCAAUAUCUCUCUCUCUCUCUCUCUCUCUGUACCUUUUCUCUUUUCCCAAUAUCUCUCUCUCUCUCUCUGUACCUUUUCUCUUUUUCCUAUCUCUCUCUCUCUCUGUACCUUUUCUUUUUUCAAUAUCUCUCUCUCUCUGUACCUUUUCUGUUUUCCCAAUAUCUCUCUCUCUCUCUCUCUGUACCUUUUUCUUUCCCAAUAUCUCUCUCUCUCUCUCUCUGUACCUUUUCUCUUUUCCAAUAUAUCUCUCUCUCUCUGUACCUUUUCUCUUUUCCCAAUAUCUCUCUCUCUCUCUGUACCUUUUCUCUUUUCCCAAUAUCUCUCUCUCUCUGUACCUUUUCUCUUUCCCAAUAUCUCUCUCUCUGUACCUUUUCUCUUUUCCCAAUAUCUCUCUCUCUGUACCUUUUCUCCUUUCCCAAUAUCUCUCUCUCUCUACCUUUUUCUCUUUUCCCAAUAUCUCUCUCUCUCUCUACCUUUCUCUUUUCCCAAUAUCUCUCUCUCUCUCUGUACCUUUUCUCUUUUCCCAAUAUCUCUCUCUCUCUCUGUACCUUUUCUCUUUUCCCAAUAUCUCUCUCUCUCUCUGUACCUUUUCUCUUUUCCCAAUAUCUCUCUCUCUCUCUGUACCUUUUCUCUUUUCCCAAUAUCUCUCUCUCUCUCUGUACUUUUUCUCUUUUCCCAAUAUCUCUCUCUCUCUCUCUGUACUUUUUCUCUUUUCCCAAUAUCUCUCUCUCUCUCUGUACCUUUUCUCUUUUCCCCAUAUCUCUCUCUGUGUACCUUUUCUCUUUUCCAAAUCUCUCUCUCUCUCUGUACCUUUUUCUCUUUUUCCAAUCUCUCUCUCUCUCUCUGUACCUUUUCUCUUUUCCAAAUAUCUCUCUCUCUCUCUGUACCUUUUCUCUUUUCCAAAUAUCUCUCUCUCUCUGUACCUUUUCUUUUUCCCAAUAUCUCUCUCUCUCUCUGUACCUUUUCUCUUUUCCCAAUAUGUCUCUCUCUCUGUAACUUUUCUCUUUUCCCAAUCAUGUCUCUCUCUCUCUGUAACUUUUCUUUUUCCCAAUAUAUCUCUCUCUCUGUACCUUUUCUCUUUUCCCAAUAUCUCUCUCUCUCUCUGUACCUUUUCUCUUUUCCCAAUAUCUCUCUCUCUCUCCUUUUCUCUUUUCCCAAUAUCUCUCUCUCUGUAACUUUUCUCUUUCCCCAAUAUCUCUCUCUCUCUCUGUACCUUUUCUCUUUUCCCAAUAUCUCUCUCUCUCUCUGUAACCUUUUCUCUUUCCCAAUAUCUCUCUCUCUCUGUACCUUUUCUCUUUUCCCAAUAUCUCUCUCUCUCUGUACCUUUUCUCUUUUCCCAAUAUCUCUCUCUCUCUCUCUGUACCUUUUCUCUUUUCCCAAUAUCUCUCUCUCUCUCUCUGUACCUUUUCUCUUUCCCAAUCUCUCUCUCUCUGUACCUUUUCUCUUUUCCCAAUAUCUCUCUCUCUCUCUGUACUUUUUUCUCUUUUCCCAAUAUCUCUCUCUCUGUACCUUUUCUCUUUUCCCAAUAUCUCUCUCUCUCUCUCUGUACCUUUUCUCUUUUCCCAAUAUCUCUCUCUCUCUCUCUGUACCUUUUCUCCCAAUAUCUCCCUGUACCUUUUCUCUUUUCCUAAUAUCUCUCUCUGUACCUUUUCUCUUUUCCCAAUAUCUCUCUCUCUCUCUGUACCUUUUCUUUUUUCCCAAUAUCUCUCUCUAUGACAAUGGAAAUCAGUGUUGCACAAACAGAAAUAAAACUCAAAUAUCUAAAGAAAAUCCAUUCUUCCCCUCCCUCUGUCACCUCCCCUAUUCAUUCACUUACUUCUGCUCAUUUCACUACCUCCCUCAUUUUUCUCUAAUUUUCUCUUCACUAACUCCCCCAUUUUCCCAUGAUUCACUCCUUCCAUAUUCUUUUCUCUCUCUCAUUUAA